CCGGUUAACCAACCGAUUCGAGUACCGAAAACCAGUUAACCGAUACUCACCACCACCGCCGCACCAGUUUCUUCACCUUCAGCUUCUUCGUCUGACAUUGAGAAAUCGGGAGAAGAUAAAAACAAAAUCAAUUCUGCUUCAGAGUCAUCUAGUAGUGGGAUUUGUUGAAGGAAAGUGGAUUUGGUACGAUUCUUUGGGAAUCCACAUCUUUACCGAAGCUUAUAGAGAGAAUCUGCGAGCUCUCUCUUUGGUAGGAAUUAGGGUUCAGGUUUUCUGCUAGGGAGGAAUCAUGACGGUGGUUGUUCUGCACAUUUACGAUGUGACCAACAUUGGAUCGGAAAAGGCUAACGACACCAUUCUUCAGAUCAACAGAAUCUUCAAGGGCGGUAUUGGUCUAGGCGGCGUAUUCCACAGCGCCAUUCAGGUAUAUGGGGAUGAUGAAUGGUCUUAUGCGUAUUGUGAACAAGGAACUGGUGUAUUCAGCUGUCCUAGUAGCAAGAAUCCAAUGUACACAUAUCGUGAGAAAAUCGUCUUUGGGAGGACAGAUUGCACAAUCUUCGUGGUAAAUCAGAUAUUGGGUGAGCUCAGCAGGGAAUGGCCAGGACACACUUAUGAUUCACUGUCCAAAAAUUGCAAUCAUUUCUGCGAUGUACUCUGUGACCGGCUUGGUGUGCCAAAGCUCCCAGGUUGGGUGAAUCGCUUUGCCCAUGCUGGCGACACAGCCUUGGAAGUUGCAGGAAACACAGCACUGCGGAUAAAGCAAGCCAAAACUGAACAUGUUCCUAUAAAGAAACGGAGAUAUAUGGUUCCCGCUCCAUCACCUUUGAAUGGAUCCUCUGCUCACGGUGAAGGCUCACAACAUCGUGCAGAGAUCAAUCAUUCUCUGCCUGUUUCGAGAAUAAACCCUAAUCUAAUGGGCGGUAAAACAGCAGAAGUCUCCGAUGAUAAACCCGAUUGCGGCAUUCAUGACUUCUCUGGUAUUAAGAUACUUGCAGAGCCUCAAAACGUUCUGGUUGGUACUUUGGGCAAUACUUCGUCUGCUGAUAAGAGUGUAGAGCAUGUUAUAGUAGCAUCUAGUGGUAUGAUAGUGGCUCAGAACAUCAGCAUUGCUGUUUCGGAUGAAUCCUCAACAGAAAGGCGAAAGGAGAGUGUGGAAGCAGGUGAUAGCGGAAAUUUACCACUUUGGAGUGAGACUGUCACUGUCUCAGAGAAUGUAUUCCGUGAUGAACGAACGGCAAAGGGUAAGAACUCUGAGUGCCUUACAGAUGAUAGGCUACACUGGGAUUUAAAUCUUCCAACAGAUGCGUGGGGUCAGCCUUGUGAUGUAAUCGACGAAGCAUCCCAAAGAUACUCUGAUGGAGAAGUCACUGAAUCUGUUAUAGAGAGCGGACAUAUUGCAUCAAAUGUGCACAUGAAUACUCCAUCCUUGUCUGGGCCAAAGGCUGAAGCCUCUGGUCGAAAUGGGAAGGAGUGCCAAUCUGGUCAUGAUUCCCAGUAUGAGGAUGGAGAGCUGAGGGAACCAUACCCUUGGGAAGAAAACGAGGGUGACAGUGGAGAUGUUGAGCAAGUGGACUAUGGGUCUGAGCCAGAGAGUGAGCGGUUAUGCUCUUUAGCUGAAAGUAAUGAGAAUAAGCUUGAGGACGCUGAGAAGGGAAGCCUAGCAAAGACAAAAUGUAGGGCUGCGAAGUGUGAAUCUGGCAAUGUGGAUGAAGGAAGUAGUGAUAUAGAGAAGCAUGUCGUGGUUUGCAUGAAUGACCCACAUUCAAAAGGAUCUUCUCCGUCAAGGAGCUUCGGUUCAAAACCAUUCAGGGAGUCUGAUAGGUACCAGUUGAAUGAGAGGGAUGCUGGUCCAAAUAAGUUUGUCAGGAGAGACAGAUCAGGGAUGCGUAUGCGAAGCAGGAGUCCUGGGAAAGGACAAUUUGAUGGCUGGGAUUCCAAACGUCGUUUCUCCCCACCUAUUUACAAAGGUGGUCCAUACGGAUUUGAACGUCCCCGGCCUAAAACUGUUGUGGAGGGCCGAGAUAUGAUGAAUGGCUUUGAUCAACCAGGCUCAGGCCCAGGUCCACGUGGCUAUGUUCGUAGGCAGUUCUCAAAUGGAGGAUACGGGGGUCGGUUCAGAAGGUUCCCAGAAAAUGGCGGAUAUCGUGAUUUCAAAGGCGUAAAUCGCCCCUUCACUGGUGAUGCCAAUGACUAUCCGAGUCGCAUGCACAACAACCGGAUGAACGGACGGAGAGAGAGAAGUAACUCGCCUCCUGUCUUCAGGAGAGUGCACGACCCGCAAUCACGGUCCAGGUCUAGAAGCCGUUCCCCAGUCUCAUGGAACGGGCGGAACAGAUCUCCUCCCAGGUUCAGGGGUGAUGGAAACAGGAUGGAGAGAGUGAGGUUACCGUUCCAGAAACGGUUUCCGCUCGACCAAGAGAUGGGUUUCAUGUCGCCGCCAAGAAACCAGCGAAACUCGAGGUUUUUCGAAGGCAGAAACAAUGAUGGUGGUGGAGAGAAUCAUCAUAAUAACUUGAGGGGAAGAAAGUCGCCGCCAGGAAGGAUGUUUAGACCAGAGCAGAGAUUUGAUAACAUGAGAAGGGUGAAUUCGGACAACUUCAGACAAUAUAUGCGGCAUAAUAAUGGAAGGUUUGGUGAUGGUGGUGGAAGCCGAGGAGGAUAUGAGGGAGCGGAGGAGGAGAAGAAUGGGAACGGGUUUGAGAUGGUGCACCGGUCUCCUCCGCCUCGGCGAGUAGAGGCAAUAGACGAAGACGGUGAUAGCAUCCGACGGUUCAGAUUAAACGCAGAAGAAAAACAACUCUCGGUUGUUUCCAACAACAAUAGCAACAACGAGGCGUCAUAACAAAUGAAAUAUAACACUAUUUAGUCUUUCUCGGUUUUGGUUCUAUUUUUCAUCUUGUGGUGCUGGGGGUUAACUCUAAACGACACCAGAGUUUUCGUGAUGCCAAAAAUGCCUGGUGAUAGUGUUUUCUUCUGGUUAAGGGUUUAGAGUUUGGUUCUGUUUUACCCCAGGCUUCUACAAGAGGGCUUCCAGAUUUUUGUUGCUAUGUUUGGUUGCCGCUCUCUUUUCCUUUCUUGGAAAUAAUUUUGUAUGAAAAGAAAAAAAAUGAAAAAAAGGAAAUGUUUCUGGAAAGUGUUCAUCGUUUCAAUUUAUGGCUAACGCUUGGAUGCAG